UCUACACCCGCCGCCGCCGUCGCUGCCGCCGCGAUCCCGCAUUUGUUUUUUUUUUUUUGCGUUUUCGCUCAUUAACCGCUUACCGCACGGUCGUCGUUGCGCGUGUGUACGAUUUUUUUUUCGUCAGCUCGCUAGCGCGUGCGUGAGUGUAUGUAAUUUUCUGUCCGCGCACGACGACGACGUUACGCAAACGAGAUAUUCGCGCGACGGCGUUCAGACGUGUCGCGAUUACAGCGACGGUGAACCGGCGUUUGCGUGGCGACGACGAAGACGAUAUUCGUGUACCGCUCGUAAUUAGAACCAUAAUAUCAUUGUAUUUGUCUAGUGUACAGUCAUUCGAGUCGGCCGUUAUAAAUCACAGUAAUAAUAGUAUUAGAACGAUUUCAUUAUAAGACGCACGCGACCACACGCAGCACGUACUGGCGACGCCGACCCAAAGACAAAUUUUGCUACCGGUUCAAAAGACAUCACUAGCACCACUGCAGCGGAAGCAGCAGGAGGUACUGCCGCCACUGGCGGUAAGUUUGCCGACGUCGUAUGUCUGUCGUGUCAUUAACGACAAAAGCAACACGACGUAAUUGUAUAAAAGUUAAUAGAUAAACAAAUAUGGCCACAAUAGACGGGCGACCCGCCCAAUAUGGGGUAACGUUAAAACAAUUACGUGAGCUCAUGGAGCACAGAGGUCGAGAAGGAAUCGUCAAACUAAACGAACUGGGUGGCGUUCAGGAUGUUUGUAAAAAGCUGUAUACAUCACCCAGUGAAGGAUUAAGUGGAUCUACAGCCGAUCUGGAGCACAGGAAAGAGACGUUCUCCUCAAAUACCAUACCCCCUAAACCUCCAAAGACGUUCAUGCAACUUGUCUGGGAAGCUUUGCAGGAUGUCACUCUAAUUAUUUUAGAAAUUGCUGCUCUCGUAUCAUUGGGAUUAUCACUUUACAAACCAGCCGACGAAGAAUCAAUGGGUGCAGAAGACGAUGAAGCAAAACAUGGAUGGAUUGAGGGAUUAGCUAUAUUAAUAUCCGUUAUAGUAGUCGUUAUUGUAACAGCGUUUAAUGAUUAUACAAAAGAAAGACAGUUCCGUGGUCUUCAAAACCGUAUUGAAGGUGAACACAGAUUUAAUGUCAUCAGGGCGGGCGAACUGCGACAAAUCUCUGUAGGAGAAAUAGUAGUUGGGGACAUUUGCCAGAUUAAAUACGGAGAUUUGCUACCAGCUGAUGGUGUGCUAAUUCAAAGUAAUGAUUUGAAAGUUGAUGAAUCUUCUUUAACUGGUGAAUCAGACCACGUCAAAAAAGGAGAAGCAUUCGAUCCCAUGGUUUUAUCAGGAACCCAUGUAAUGGAAGGCAGUGGAAAAAUGUUGGUCACUGCAGUGGGUAUAAAUUCUCAGGCUGGGAUAAUAUUCACACUCUUAGGCGCAGCAGUGGAUCAACAAGAGGAAGAAAUGAAGAAACAACGGAAAGAAGCCAAAAAACUCAAGACAAAGAAGAGCUUAACUGAUGAAGUACCACCUACCAUCAACAGCCAUGCCACUGAUAUCGGUAUGAAACAAAUGGAUAAAGGAGCUGAAACAGAUGACGAUGCUGCUGAAGGUGGAGGAAAAUCUGGCGAGUCAGAAGAACCAGCAAAAAAAGACAAGUCUGUGUUGCAAGCUAAACUCACAAAGUUGGCCAUUCAAAUUGGAUAUGCUGGAUCAACGAUUGCCGUACUUACUGUGCUUAUAUUGGUAAUUCAAUUUUGUAUUCAUACAUUUGUCAUACAACAAAAACAGUGGAAAAAUCAUUACGCUGGUGAAUUUGUUCGUCACCUUAUUAUUGGUGUCACUGUCUUGGUGGUGGCUGUUCCUGAAGGACUUCCUCUCGCUGUUACUCUGUCUUUAGCGUACUCAGUCAAGAAAAUGAUGAAAGAUAACAACUUGGUAAGACAUUUAGACGCUUGCGAAACUAUGGGUAAUGCCACUGCCAUUUGUUCUGAUAAGACCGGUACACUAACAACAAACCGAAUGACAGUUGUCCAGUCUUACAUUUGUGAAGUUCUCAGUAAAACAAUGCCUCAAUUUGCAUCCAUACCAUCAAAUGUUGGAAACUUAUUAGUGCAAGCUAUAUCUAUUAAUUCAGCGUAUACGUCUAAAAUUAUGCCACCCGACGAUCCAACUAGUGAACUACCAAAGCAAGUUGGUAAUAAAACUGAGUGUGCACUCCUAGGAUUUAUCCUUGCUCUUGGUAAAAAUUACCAAACAUGGCGUGACGAUAUACCCGAAGAAAUGUUAACACGUGUAUAUACAUUUAAUUCCGUGCGGAAGUCCAUGAGUACAGUCAUUCCAAGAGAAGGCGGUGGCUACAGAUUAUUUACUAAAGGUGCCUCUGAAAUCGUACUAAAAAAAUGUUCGUAUAUCUACGGUCGCGAUGGUCGAUUGGAGAAAUUCACACGUGAAAUGCAAGAUCGUUUGGUGAGAAAUGUCAUUGAACCUAUGGCUUCUGAUGGCCUUCGUACUAUUUCUGUUGCGUACAAAGAUUUCAUACCCGGAAAAACCGAUACGCCCAACCAAGUGCAUUAUGAAGGUGAACCAGACUGGGAAUCCGAAGACAAUAUAGUGUGCGAUCUCACUGCACUGUGUGUUGUAGGAAUUGAAGAUCCCGUUCGACCAGAGGUGCCUGAAGCUAUUAGAAAAUGUCAGCGAGCUGGUAUUACUGUACGUAUGGUUACCGGAGAUAAUGUGAACACAGCCCGAUCAAUUGCUACCAAGUGUGGUAUAUAUAAAACUGGUGAAGACUGGCUUGUAUUGGAAGGCAAAGAAUUCAACCAACGAAUUCGUGAUGCUAAUGGCGAUGUUCAACAGCAUUUAUUGGAUAAAGUGUGGCCUAAAUUGAGAGUAUUGGCCAGGUCAUCGCCAACAGAUAAAUACACACUGGUAAAGGGUAUUAUUGAUAGUAAAGUGAGUGAAAGUCGUGAGGUAGUGGCAGUGACUGGUGAUGGUACCAAUGAUGGUCCUGCAUUGAAAAAAGCCGACGUUGGAUUUGCUAUGGGUAUUGCUGGAACAGAUGUAGCUAAAGAAGCUUCAGAUAUUAUUUUGACAGAUGACAACUUCAGUAGUAUUGUUAAAGCAGUUAUGUGGGGUCGUAAUGUAUACGACAGCAUUGCUAAAUUUUUACAAUUCCAGUUGACCGUAAAUGUGGUAGCCGUUAUUGUAGCGUUUAUAGGAGCAUGUGCCGUCCAAGACAGUCCGCUAAAGGCCGUUCAAAUGUUGUGGGUGAACUUGAUUAUGGACACGUUGGCUUCGUUGGCGUUAGCCACGGAGUUGCCCACUUCCGACUUGUUGUUGCGGAAACCGUACGGCCGUACGAAGCCUUUAAUAUCGCGCACCAUGAUGAAAAACAUCAUUGGCCAGGCCGUCUACCAAUUGACGGUCAUCUUUUCACUGUUGUUCGCCGGUGACAAGAUGCUGGACAUACCGACCGGCCGUGGAGCCGAAUUCGGCUCAGAGCCAACCCAACAUUUCACCGUCAUUUUCAACACGUUCGUCAUGAUGACGCUGUUCAACGAGAUCAACGCACGUAAAAUCCACGGUCAGCGCAACGUGUUUCAGGGAUUCUUCACCAACCCGAUAUUCUACAGCAUAUGGAUCGGCACCGUGCUGUCACAAGUGUUCAUCAUCCAGUACGGCAAGGACGCUUUCAGCACCAAGAGUCUCACACUGGAGCAGUGGAUGUGGUGCUUGUUGUUCGGGUUCGGCACUCUGUUGUGGGGUCAGAUAGUCACCACUGUGCCUACACGAAAAAUCCCGAAACUUCUGUCAUGGGGACGCGGACAUCCAGAGGAGUACACCAACGCUAUUAACCUAGGUGAAGAGAACAGAUACGAUCCCGAUUCCGGGCAAAAGCCGCGGGCCGGCCAGAUCCUGUGGAUCCGUGGACUGACCAGGCUACAGACUCAGCUGCGUGUCAUCCGGGCUUUCAAGUCCACACUAGAAGACCUGGAAGAACGACGUUCCAUACAUAGUUUCCGCACCACUACCAGCUCGCGGGGCCGUCCUUUGUCAGACAACAUCACGUACAUAGACGAGGAACACAACCACCACCACCAAGCUGUCCCUCCUACUAACAACAAGACACCACUCAAGAAUGUGGCAAGGUCAAAUGGUUUGACCGGUUGUUGUUGUUCGUCUCGGACACAAGGCACCACACACACGUUAAUCGAUAAAUACCGCGAUAUUAUUAUUAUUAUUAUUAUUAUUAUUUAAAUGUAAAAUUAUUAUUAUAAUUAAUUUUAUAAUACAUAAUAAUAGACGCGAAACAUCUCUCUUAAAACUCAAACGCGAUAAUAUUAUUAUUAUUAUUAUUAUACUUUACACUUAUUGAUUAUUGUUAAUAUUUUUUUCACUCGGUCUAAAGCCGCCGCUGUUGGUGGUUUUUGUUGUUCUUGUUCUUCUUGUUCUUGUUAUACUUGUAAUAGUAGUUAUGUAUGGUUAUUAUUAAUAUUAUUAUGUCAUCAUCGUUAUUGCGUUGAUAGUAUCACAGCGAAUUUUAACUACCCUUCUUUGACGGCGUCUUUAAUUUUAGUAGUGUUUUUGCUGCAACGUCGUCAGAAAAAAAUCUGUGCAUUUCUUUCGAUUGCUCUUCUUAUUCUUCAUCUUUUUACACGCAAGAAUGCGUUUGAUUAACGUUUUUUAUUCUUGAUAUUUCCAAACUGUCGUUAAAUACAACACACCAUUAAAUAAUAUGACAAUCGCGAUUGGCAAAAAUAUAUAAUAUUAGACCUCUUUACUUUUUUAGUAGACAUACUCCGUGAACGUAAUGUAUUCACCGGGGCGAAAAUUAGCGAAUUAUUUGAACGUGAUUCGCCUACACCACUAUCUCACAAAAGAGAUGAAAAUAUUGACAAAAAUCUGAGACCAUCUGCUUACCCAACCACGUGAACGUUAGCUUGUUUCCGUGCAACGAUCGAACCAAGUGUAGGUAUUAAUUGUUGUACUACCCAAAAUAAAUUUCGAAAGUUCCGGGGCCAAUCUCAUUAGAUUUAAAGUCAUCCUCGAUCCUUAACCGGGGCUUUAAGACUAUACGCACGUUGAUGUGCACGUAUAUUAUUGUAUGUAUGAUAAUAUGCAUUUUUGGAAUUUUCUGUGUCGUAAGCUGCUAAUGUUCGAAUAACGUAUGUAUUAUUAUGUCAGGCCGACUCGUGAGGAUACAUCAUGACAAUAUUUCUGUUUCGAUAUUCUAAUAAUGAUUCCGUUUGUUCCCUAUCAGUAAAUGUAAUGAUAAUCGUGAACCAUUUGACCAAACGAGUGCCACCAUACCUAACAAAGUAAUACACAAUAUAGGUACUGCUAUUCGAAGUUUUUAUUCUAUUGUGCGUACUUAUAUACCUAAAACAUACUAUGCUGCAAUUGACAUUUUCGGCAGAAUUCGAUUUAAUAAAUGUUGUAAUUCCAACUACUUCUAGAUGUUAAAAAUAUUUAAUUGGUGUAAGUUGUUGUAACUAACGUGGGCUCAAAUCCAUUUAACUAUUAUUUUAGUUAUAAAAAAAAAUUAAUAUAUACUUAACUAACGCUUUAUUAAUUAUAUUAAUAACAAAUGUUUUAAAAAUUAAGAGAUUAUUAUAUGUUCUCGCUGCCAACGAAUAUUAUUAAUUAUAACAAUGUUUAUAAUGACUUAUAGUGGUGAGGAAGGGGAAUAAAUGGCUGUUUAGAUUUUAUGUACAAUUUACUAUUACUUAUCUUCAAAUGAUAGUAUUUACUAUACUUAUUAUUAUUAAUUAUUAUUAUUAUUAUUAUUAUUAUUAUUAUUAUUACAUUAUAUUAUAUUAUUGAAUAGUUUUUAUUGUUUGUCGAUAGUCACCACCGCAGAGCAUUAUAUAGUACUCUUCUUUAUUUAGUGUUUACUUAUACCGAUUUUCAAAUUAAUUAUAAUUAUCUAGUGUAGAUAAACGCUUGCUAUUAUAUAAUAUAGUUGAUUAUUAUAUUAUAGGUGGAUUCCGUGAAUAAUUAAUGAAACAAUGUUUCUGUUUUAUAUUGAAAAAAAUAAAAGUGCACAGCGAUAUUA